AUGAAGCCCACAACUUCAUUAAAUCUGCGGACUGUGGUCGCUGGGUGUUUGGUCCUGUUGGGAACAGUCCUUUUAUGGCAUCUGUCUCACCUCGACCAACACAUAUUCGAAGCGGAUGUCUUGAGAUUCAAGACUUCGGAUUCGAAUUCACCUGUUAGCUCCAUUCUUCAAGACAUCUUUCAUAAUGUGCCAGCUGCUCAAAUAACUAAACGGCAGGUUUACGGACAAAAGUAUCUCAUCGGUGUUGGCAAGGCGGAUAUCACUGGUCCAGUUGUCGAGAUCAAUUUUAUGGGGUAUGCAAACGGAAGUCAAGUCGGUUCAGGUCUUCGACAAAGGCUCUACUCCCGUGCUUUCAUCAUUGGAAACGUGGACAACCCGGCAGAUAGAUUUGUAUAUCUGGUUAUCGACACUGCUUGUGGUGAUACUGCACUUCGAUAUGGUAUAUUAAAAGGCCUCGCCGCUCUUGGAGGCGGUUUCUCUGUGUACAAACAAGACAAUGUUGCUCUGACCGGUACACACUCUCAUGCCGGACCUGGAGCUUUCAUGAAUUACCUUCUCCCACAGGUUACCAGCAAAGGCUUCGAUAAGCAGAGCUACCAGGCAAUAGUAGAUGGCACCAUUCUAUCUAUCAAGAGGGCUCAUGAAUCGCUUGCAGAAGGCUACCUGACAGCAGGGGCCACAGAGCUCCAUAAUGCAGCUAUCAAUCGAAGCCCUUCUGCCUAUCUUGCCAACUCUGCCCAGGAACGAGAAAAAUACAACGCUGAUGUGGACAAGACCCUUACCAUGCUACGUUUUACUAGAGCAUCGGACAAGAAACAUAUCGGAGUCCUGACAUGGUACUCUGUCCAUGGAACGUCGAUGCUCGGAAACAACACGAUCGUUUCUGGCGACAACAAGGGUGUCGCCGCCUACCUUUUCGAGACAAGCAUCAAGGGUCUCAAUGCUGCCAACUCUGGAUUUGUCGCAGGGUUCUCUCAGGCUAGCGUCGGCGAUACCACGCCAAAUACGGAGGGUGCAUAUUGCGAGAACCCCGAGAAUGAGGGUCAGCUGUGCACGUUCGAUAAGAGUACUUGUGGGGGUAAGAGCCAGCCUUGUCACGGUCGAGGCCCGUUGUUUAGGGUAAAAGACAAUGGCGCAUCAAGUUGUUACGAGAUUGGACGAAGACAGGCUCAAGGCGCUCUUGACUUGUAUAAUUCGCUCGACAAAACAGGAACUCCGAUUAAGGGAAGCUCAGUCAAAUCAUUCCACACCUUUGUCGACUUUUCCAAAUAUUCGUUUCAGCAUCCAAAUGGCACCACUGUUAGGACAUGUCCUGCAGCUCUAGGCUACUCAUUCGCAGCAGGAACCUCAGAUGGGCCGGGGGCAUUUGAUUUUACGCAAAGCGAUUCUGGAGAUCCCGAUGCCAACCCUGUGUGGAAAGUCGUAUCCGGUCUACUCAAAGCCCCUGGGCCAGAACAGAAGUCUUGCCAGUGGCCCAAGCCGAUCCUUCUCGAUGUCGGCGAGAUGCACUUCCCUUAUGAUUGGACUGCCAAUAUCGCGGAUAUCCAGAUGCUUCGUGUUGGGCAGUUCAUUGCCAUUAUAUCUCCAGGGGAAGCUACCACUAUGAGUGGUCGGAGAUGGAAGGAAGCUGUGGCCAAGGCAUCCACCAGUGUUAUUCCGAGUGGCAGCCGCCCAAUCGUCGUUCUCGGUGGGCCGGCAAACACGUAUACACACUACAUUACAACUGAGGAGGAAUAUAACGUCCAGCGAUACGAAGGCGCAUCAACUCUAUACGGCCCCCACACUCUGAACGCAUAUAUCUCUCUUACAUUGAAAUACCUCCCAUUCCUUUCUCCAGCUAACACCCAAACAAUCGAUCCCGGCCCAUCACCGCCAGACAAUUCCGAUAGCAGCCUUAAUUUCAUUACUGGAGUAGUAUACGACAACCCUCCCAUCUUCAAAUCGUUCGGCCAGAUCACCACCGAUGCUGCUGCCUCUUACCGAGUCGGUGAUACUGUCACCGUAGUUUUCAUUGGCGCCAAUCCUAGGAAUAACCUUCGGUUAGAAGGUACAUUCGCCGCAGUUGAAUUCCAAAAAUCAGAUGGAAGUUGGAUACAAGUUCGAAAUGACGAGGAUUGGGACUUAAUUUAUAAUUGGAGAAGAGAUGACGGCUUCUGGGGCAGUAGUAGCGCGAUCAUACAGUGGGUUGUUGGAAACGGACCUAAGAGUGUACAACCGGGGAAAUACAGAAUUAAAUACUACGGAGAUUCGAAGGCACCCGUUACCGGAAAAAUCAGUGGGUUUACAGGCACUAGUCGGGAAUUUGAUGUCUUCUCAUCAAGAAGGUUGCCAAAAGUAAGGAUGUACUAG